AUGGAAGAGGAAUUACGUUCCAAAGGUUGGUAAAAUUUGCAUAAAGAAUCCAAACCAAUCAGAUACUGUGAAUCGAAAUUAAACUUAGAGCAAAAUCAAUAUUCACUGUCAAGUUAUUCGUUAUUUUCAUGCACUGGUUUAUUUUUGCGUCAGUCAUGGGCGUACCGGAAGGAAAAGUUUAGGGGGGCGGAAAGAAGUUUGCCCGACUUUUCCGGAUUUUGCCCGACAAGUACCGAAAAAAUUUUUUCCGGAAUUCAUUCUGUCGACCUGCCCCCCCCCCGUCGCCAAAAAAAUUUCGGUCAGUGUACCAUUUUAGGGGUCAAAAAUUUUUUCCGGACAUACCGAAAUUUUCUGGAAACUAACAAAAAUUUUCCAAACAUCACAAAAUUUUACAAAAAAUUUACAGAAUUUGUCCCAUUUUUUUUUCAAUAAAUCAAAAUUGCCCGACUGUUCAGCGAAUAUUGCCCGACUGCCCAACAAAUUGGGGGGGCUGCCGCCCCCCCCCCCGCCCGGUACGCCUAUGCCGUCAGUUAUAAAGUGAUUUGUGUUUGUACGUGCAGUUUUGUGGAUUUACGUGUGUCAAUGAUAUAUAUAUACAUUUUGAAGGCUUAAUGUUAUGUGCAUCAUUUCAGAAUUGCCAUACAUAUUAGUGGAAGAUUCGCCAAAGAAACGGAAGAUUGAAAAAGUGGACCUCACUUUAGAAGAUUCUCCAGAUAAGUCGGAUAAGGUAGCCAAGGUAGGUCCAAAAUAACUGGCAAUUGGUGAAAGCUAUAAUAUAUAUAACAAGCCAACUCGCAUCUAUUCUGAAUCCAAAUGUAGUAUAAGGGAAUUUCUUUCAUUCAAUUAACUGACAUGAAUGUACGUACUGUAUGAAACUUAAAACAUAAUAUUUUGUAGGCUAAUAGACCUUUCCCCUUAUAACCAAAAUUUUGAUUUAGGCAAGUGUAGACAAAUAUUUCAUCACAGCUUGGGAGAGCAUCGCAAAAUUAGUAAUAUUCCAAAGUUUCGUUGCGAAAUGUUGUAAAAUGGGGAAAAUAGAGCCUUGCGAAGUUUGCAAUUUUCAGUCAUUUUAGAUCACAAACGGGAAAUUGCAGCCCCAACACCCAAAUCGGAUGUCAAUUUCCCGUUUGUAAUACAAAAUGACUGAAAAACGGCAAACUUCGCAAGGCUAUAUUAUCCGCAUUUUACAAGAUUUUGCAACAAAACUUUGGAAUAUUACUAAUUUUGUGAUGCUCUUUCAAACUGUGAUGAAAUUUUUGUCUAUAUCGAAAUUUUAGUUAUAAGGGGAAAGGUCCAUUGUGUUCAAGCAAACUAUGCAUAUGGAUUUAAGUAUGAAACAUCAGAAGAAGAAACAGAAGAAGAAACAUCAGAAAACUAUGCACAUGGAUUUAAAUAUGAAACAUCAGAAGAAACAUCAGAAGAAGAAACAACAGUAGGUAUGUAUGUUCAUUUGUUCUUUGAUGUAUUAAUUUCAUAUGUUGGGAACAUUGUUGCAAUGCUGGAGGGUAUGUUCAUCAGGCAACUUGGCAUAGAAACUGGUCAUGCUAUGGAAUUUUUUUGAAUUUCCAAUUAUUUAAAUCUUUAGAAAUGUAUUGUCUUUAGACUAUCGAUUUGCAUGGUUAUUUGCAUAGCAUAGACAGUUUUGGCAUGGCUGGGUUUACGGCUACAGUUACCAGGCAAUGCCCAAGGUGGGGCAUUUACUUCUGCUGACUGUCGCUGAGCUGGGGAAUUCUAUGUACAUAAAGCAGUGAACAUACACUGUUAUCUGUUUUAUUUAUACUGCAAUAUAACAAAUAAGUUGUCAAGUUUUGUUGUGAAAAUUUUAAAAAUCUUGCUCAAUGGAACUAACAGUUGAGGGGUUUUCGUAGAUGGAAAUUUCAAGCAGGAGAUUGUAUAGAAUUUUAGACCUAAACAGGAGCAGCUGCGAAAACUGCAACUCUGACAGUUAUCCAACCUUCGCCCUUUUUUCCAGUGCAGAUCUCUAACCAACUGAGCUGCUGGGAGACACAACUGAGCUGUAAUUAUCAACUGUAAUUAUCUACAGUACACCAAGAUACCUUUAAAAGCUCAAUAUAUCUACCCAUACUUACAUUGGCAUUGUCUACUGCAUCUAUAUCAGAACUUGUGCAUACAACUCAACAACUGGACUCUGCAGCUUAGUUGGUUAAUAGAGUACUAAAACGGAAUCUGCAUGUUCGAUUCCUUUCAGUGGGCCGAUGUUUAAUUACUCUGCUGUGUACAGCCCUUUUUGUUAGGGGCCAAAUUGUAGUUGCUUGACAACACAGCAAAACCAUGCUUCCUCACCAUCUCAACAAUUUGAAACUCAAAAUUUAAAGCUAUUUUGAACUGUUCUAAAGACAAGCAAAAUCAUCAUUUUCAAAUCUUAUUGGUGGGGAUUUUGUAUUUUAUUUCAAUGAUGGAUAUUUGCAUAAAGUUAUUUUUGCCGUUUGUCAAAUGCCUGACAAAUGCCCAGGGGAGAUGGGUGUAGCAUUUGAAUAGAUCAAGAACAAAAAUACACCAUGAAGAAUGUUUCAUUCCGAAGGGUGAUUUUUUUUUGUGGAAUACUCAGAGUGAAAGGUCAAUAACUAAUAAUAAUCACAUUUAAUUUUAAUCAAAUUUAGGAAAACAGGCCCAAGUAUUUAAUUGCACACAUUGGGAAAGACUGGAAGUAGAGGAAGUUUCGUCUUUGCCUUGGGCCAUUGAUGAUGAACAUGUUUUCAAACUGGCUUGUAACACAUCAUCUGGUCAGUCAAUGAAAAGCACGGUGGAUGGGCGACCCUGGGCUCGUUAUAAUAAGUCCUAUCGAAAGGGGUUCAAUAACAAUCAUGGUAAGCGAUUGCGUGCAAAUUGCAAAGGCUGUCAUGAGUGUGUACACGAAGACUGUCCAUUCAGGAUGCAGUUUGAAAAGCUAAACAGAUUUAGUUUUAAACCGUCCACAGAGGGAUUGCGUUGUAAAGAAUGUGGAGUUGUAGCAGUUUAUCAAGCAUGCCAUGCAGUUAAAAUUUGGGGAUUUCCCAACGAUGAUAAAGGAUAUGUCUAUGUGUAUCACACGGGAACACACAAGUGCUCUACGUCAAAAAAAACCCCGAAUUCCAGCAAGCAAAUUGCAAGAACUUAUCCAUCAGAACCCAAAAGUUAAACCACAGCAGGCAGCUAACCAGAUAAUUAUGAAUGCCAUUCGAGACGACUCUUCGCGCGAAGAGCUUGAUGAGCUAUCUUUUAAUCUGCUUUAUCCGAAAUAGAUAAGGAGGUAGAAUCUGAAGACGCUGAGACGGUUGCUUUGUUUUUGGAGUUACUUGAUGAAGCACUUAAAGACUACACAGGCAACCUAAAUGCCAGCUUUGAACCAAUUGGAUGGAUGCUGGAUGAAGGAGGAGGUUUGCAGGCAGGAGUUGUACGAAAAUGUGGACCUCAAGUGAAGUCUAAAAUUGCUACAUGUCG